UAUAAAUACUGCUUUAUUGUCUUUAAAAAACAGUUUAUUUAAACUUAUUUAAACAGAAUGAAGUUCUUCCUCGCCCUCCUCGCAGUUUUGUGCUGUGCCAAUGGCAUUUUUGGUAUCACCAUCAUCAGUAAGUCUGAAUGGGGUGGACGUGCUGCUACUUCAAAAUCCUAUCUUGCCACUGGUUUAAGCUAUGUAGUCAUCCACCACUCAGCUGGCGCUUACUGCAGCACCAUGGAUACCUGCAAACAACAAAUGCGUAACAUGCAAUCAUACCACAUGGAUUCCUUAGGUUGGGCCGAUAUUGGUUACAACUACGGUAUUGGUGCUGAUGGUAACAUUUAUGAGGGCCGCGGUGCUGGUGUUAUGGGUGCACACGCUACCAACUGGAACAGCAAAUCUUAUGGCAUUAUGUUCAUUGGUGACUAUAAUAACUAUAAACCUACCGCCACUCAAAUCGCCAAGGCUAAGGAAUUGAUUGCUUAUUUGGUCAGCAAAGGCUAUGUAUCAUCUAGCUACACUGUUUAUGGACAUCGUCAAGUUGGUUCCACCGAAUGUCCCGGUAACAACUUGUACAAUGAAAUCAAGACCUGGGCUAACUGGAAGGCAUAAGUUUUAAAUAAAAAUAUUAUAAAGAGCAUAA